AUGGAUAAACGUAGGAAGCUUCAUCUGUGUGGGUUCUGUCGUAAACGAAAGAUCAAAUGUGAUAGGCAGCAGCCAUGUUCAUCAUGUGUCAAGUUCAAUCAAGUAUGUUCGUUCACUGAAGAACCCAUUGGCCGCGGUAGAGAGUCCACACCGGCCACACCCAGACCUGAGGUGUCGGAGAAGAAGGAUCGGUCGAUAGAACAAGAAGUUUACGAACAAAUUCAUAAGUUGUCUAGCAAAAUUGAUGCUUUAGAGAAAGUUAUUGCCGCUGAUGAUGGAGAAUUAAUGGACUUCCGACAAUUUGGUGAUAAGAAUAGUCUUAAUCCGCCUAUGAUAGAUCGAUACUUUGGACCAUUCAGUUGGGUUAACACUAUUAAAUUUGAUCCAGUAUUAUCCCGACUCUGGUGGGAUAAUGACACUGUUGGUACUGGAAGCACAGUCUUUCUACGGAACACCCCUUCAACUUCCAAUAUUACUUUAAAUUCAGAUCAUAUGUUUGAUCACGUGCCGGUUCACGUGAUUUUUCAUCAUAAAUAUUAUUCACCCCCAAGUGCCCUCCAAGGUCCUCCAAACAGAACAGUUGGUGAAGCUGACUCAUUCAAAUCCAAAUUUGAUGUUAUAAGGAAGAUUGAAGAUCUUCUACCACGGCCUGAGGCGGUGGAGGUAAUUCUCAAUAUCUAUUUCUCCACCCUCCAUCAAUGCUUUCCGUUCAUAGAAGAGUCAGACUUUCGUAGUACCCUCAAAACUCUAAUCAAUAGUGAUGGUACGUUGAACGUCCAGACCAAGGAUGGGUUUGCUUACUUAGGGAUGUUACUCAUAAUGUGUAAGAUGGUACAUGUUUCGAUUCUUCUCGAUGAUUUCUCCCUUCUGACGACGUUUGGUGAUACUUUGAACGAACUUACGACCACCACCAUCGACAUGAGAUUCAUGGAUGCUGCACAAUUGUGUAUGAACCAAUCAAACUUGAUUACGUCCAUGACAGUUCCGGUAUUCCAAUUAUUAGCCCUAUUAAAGACCUACCAAACUUAUGGACCUGAGUUUGGUGAGGGGCCCGACGAAGGUGAGGGUCAGGUUUUUACCUCUUUAGUGUUACAAGCAGCCUACAGUCUUGGAAUCCACAGAGAACCCACUCAAGGUGAUGAUGACCACAAAGAUUGUCUACGUCGACUGUGGUACCAUUUGAUUUUGAGUGAUUAUAAUUGUUUCUUCACGAAUGGGGAUGUUUUGAAUAUCAAGAAAUUUUACUCCAACGUCAAUUUACCUACUGAAGAUUACCACGGACUCGUAGGAGAUUGGGAGAAGCAGAUACCCAAAUGGGAAGAAAUCUACAAUUUGGUCAAAGGUCCAUUUUCUCAAGAUGAUUUAAGUCCAUUUUUGGAUGAACUUGUCUAUGAACCACAAAACGAUGUAUUCGUGGAUUCUUUCCGUUUCCAGAAUCGUUUAAAUGUCAUCCAUCUUUCGAUAUCGGCAUAUUUUCAUUUAUUCAAUCACGGAAUUCGUUUCAAAGCAUUACUUUCGACAUUCUAUGCUAUCUACCACGAGUUCUGGCCAAUGGUGGGACAGAUGACGGGCAAAAUCAAAUUGUUGUUGGUUCCGAUUUUCAUAAGUAUUUGCCAGAAGAUCCUUCAUAUCAACGUUUCAGUUGGAUCCCGGACUUCAGAUAGCCACUUAGCGUCUUUGCUUACCCGAUCAAGUGGCUUUGUUCAGAGGUUUUUGAGGUACUUGGCGACAGAGUAUUAUUUUGGUUGGAAAGUGUUGAAAGUUAGUGAUAGAUUAGGCACCGUACCACCAGAACAGAGUGGUGAGGGACUUCAUAGGCUCACAGCUGAUGAAGAUGCUACUCUUAGUAGUAUUGUCGAAAGGGCUUUGGAGAACAGUGUAACGUUUCCCGAAGUAGCUGUAGAUGAUAACAAGUGGCUAGCCAUUCAGGGAUUCAAACAUAAUAAAGCGUACAAUGAAGAGGAAUAUUUCAGAACACUCGACCGUUGA